GUUUGGCAAGAAAAUUGGAAAACAAAGAUUAUUAUAUGGUCGAGCUUUGCCAUCGUCACUACAUUUACAUUACAUUAUUAUUAUUAUUAAUCACAAUCACACCACCGCAUUCUUAAACGGUGCCGGUAUCACACUUUCGUAUCAAAGAAAAUAUUGUUGGUUAUGUUUUUAAGUUUUUUCUCUCCUUCUUCUACUAUUCCAUAGUCCAUCGCCGCCACACUCAAAAGUCUUCGCAUCUCUCCCCAAAUACUACGAGAUGCUAUUUUCACGAAUUUCUAGAAACCUUAGAACUACCUUCAAUGGAUGUCGCUGGUAUCUGUCUCUUCCAGAACACAACCGUCGGUUUCUAUUCUCUCAGUCACCUAGAGAUUCUACUCAACAUGUUGUGAGAAGUUUUAUUUUUUCAAAGGGCAUUCCAGCAUUGUAUAGUAGUAGAUAUCAAAUUCAUCAGCACAGCAGCUCCCUAGUCGAGGAUGAACUUGAUCCGUUUUCACUGGUGGCUGAUGAACUAUCACAUAUUGGUAACAAGCUGCGAGAAAUGGUAGUGGCUGAGGUUCCUAAGCUUGCCUCAGCUGCUGAGUACUUCUUCAAAAUGGGGGUGGAAGGAAAAAGAUUUCGUCCCACGGUUUUGUUGUUAAUGUCAACAGCAUUAAAUCUACCAAUUCCCAAAGCACCUCCUCCAAUGGAACAUGGAGGUACUACAUCAUCUGACCUACGCUCAAGACAACAACGCAUAGCUGAAAUAACAGAGAUGAUCCAUGUGGCAAGCCUUCUUCAUGAUGAUGUAUUGGAUGAUGCCGAUACUAGACGUGGUAUUGGUUCAUUGAAUUUUGUAAUGGGAAAUAAGUUGGCGGUAUUGGCUGGAGAUUUUUUGCUUUCCCGAGCUUGUGUUACUCUGGCCUCUUUAAAGAACACUGAGGUUGUAUCUUUGUUGGCAAAAGUUGUAGAACAUCUUGUAACGGGGGAGACCAUGCAAAUGACUACAACAUCUGAUCAACGGUGUAGCAUGGAGUAUUAUAUGGAAAAGACAUACUACAAGACUGCAUCAUUAAUAUCAAACAGUUGCAAGGCAAUAGCCAUCCUUGCAGGGCAAACAGCUGAAGUUGCAGUGCUUGCAUUUGAGUACGGAAAAAAUCUGGGUUUGGCAUUUCAAUUGAUAGAUGAUGUACUUGAUUUCACAGGCACAUCAGCUUCCCUUGGAAAGGGUUCUUUAUCAGACAUUCAACAUGGAAUUGUUACAGCUCCAAUAUUGUUUGCAAUGGAGGAGUUCCCUCAGUUGCGCGCAAUUGUUGAAGAGGGCUUUGAAAACCCUGAGAACGUCAAUAUUGCUCUGGAUUAUCUUGGGAAGAGCCGAGGUAUACAAAAAACGAAGGAGCUAGCCGUGAAGCAUGCUAACCUUGCAGCAGAAGCAAUUGAUUCCUUACCUGAAAGUGAUGAUGAAGAAGUAAGAAAAUCAAGGAAAGCCCUUGUAGAACUUACUCAGAUAGUCAUUACAAGAACAAAAUGACAGGAAGGCAUCGUCAUCUGUUUUUGUUUUAUUUUAUUUUUUUGUUUUGGUAGCUAAAAGAAGUCUCUCACAGUAAAAAUCAACAGCUAAAAAGUUGUUCUGUAGCCAUUUUUCAAUUCUUCUAUCAUUGUUCCCCGUUGGGGAAAAUAAGUUGUAUUCUAGGAUAAUGUCAUAUUGUCGCCUUUCCUUUUUCUUUUUUUCCUUUUUUUUUUUCUCUUACAUAUCUUUCCAUCUGUCCGUGUUUCAUUGUUUGCGUCUUCCCUCGUGCUUGAAGGGAUCUUUCAUGUUCUUCAAAUUGCUUGGAAUAGAGGAUUUAGAAAUAUUACGAUGUAUUUUUGACUCGAAGUGUUUGUUCUUUGUUAACGAAUGAUUGUAGCCAUUCUCA